CCUCAUCUCGAGUUUCAAACUCGUGUGAGUAUAUAAAGAGAUUCUAACUAAACAACACAACAUUCCAUUGACCCCUUUCGCUUCUCUGACUCACCUCUCUGAAAUUCUUGAGAGAGAGAGAAACACAAAUUCUAGAGAGAGAGAGAGCGGGAGACAGCGAUAGCAUAGGGAGAGCUAAAGGAAGAUAAAGGUUUGAAGACUUUUGGAAGUUGAAUCGAAGCUGACAUAUUCAACGGAUAAAAAUUAAUAAGGCAAAGGACAAAGGGUCAAUAGAUUGAAAUGAUGUUAGACUAUUCUUCAGAAGCCUAACGUUGAUGCCAGCAGUUAAAAUGGUGGCCAAAUCACCUAUCACUUGCAAAAGAGAUGGGAAGUAUCCUCGUGUGUCUCAUAAGUCAAAUAGGAUAUGCCAUAGAGUAUGCAAAAGACCGCGUUCGAUGGUCGGAGUUACCAAUGAAGUGGAAAAUUUAGAUCUAUCAAGCCAAAUACCUUGUAAUGGUGAUAAAGAAUCUCCAAAGGAGGGUAACAAUGAAGAACACCAAAUGUCUUCCAAUAUAGAUACAUAUGUGGGGCAGAACGGUCUUUCAUUCAAUGGUUGUGCAGAGUUAGUAGUAGAAACGCAGGAUUCUUUUCCGGUUUCUGUUCCCGCAAUCUCAGAUUCAGAUGCAUUGUUGGCUUAUUUUUACAGAUCUGACGAUAAUCUAUUUGAUGGAGUUAAUGGGGAUGAAAUCAAUACCCAACCUGAUCAAGUGGAUGCUAAUAACUUUUCUAAUUUCCAAACACCAUAUAUGCUGGACUUGUAUAUGGAUGAAGCAUGUCUUGAUGGGUUUUCCUUUGACGGGAUGAAUCUAUUUGAUGAUAGUCUUUACUAUAGUAUCCUUAACGAUCUUGAACUUUUUGAGACAAAUAUGAUGUAUGAUCUUCCUGCUCUUGAGGACACCAUAGGAGCACCUAAUUACCAAUAUGUAGAGUCUUCUGAAGAGGUUCAUGAGCAGAUUCCAGAUUCUUCAUGGUUCAAUUCCAUUUGCCAUCAGGCCAAGCCGGUUUCUGAAGAACUUGAUGUCAAGUCCUGUCAGUUUGAUUCUGAAAGAGUCGAUUAUGCUGAUCAAGAGAUAAUGGUAAAAAACUUCUUGGAGGUAUCUGACGAAUCUAACUUGUUGCCAGCUCUAGUAAGCAAGGAGACGAGGAAAACCAAGCGUGUCACCCUUGUUCUUGAUUUGGAUGAAACUCUGAUCCACUCUACAAUGACGCAAUAUGAUAGUGGUGCUGACUUCACAAUUCAAAUUUUACUUGAUAAGGAGUACACUGUUUAUGUGCGAAAAAGGCCCUUCCUUCACGAGUUUUUGGAGAGAGUAUCGAAGAUGUUUGAAAUAAUCAUUUUCACAGCUAGUAAAAAGAUUUAUGCUGAAAAGUUGCUAGAUGUUCUUGAUCCUGAAAAAAAGCUUUUUUCUCAUCGAGCAUACCGGGAUUCGUGCCUCUUUCAAGAUGGUACCUACACCAAAGAUUUGACUGUUCUUGGAAUUGACCUUGCAAAAGUAGCCAUAGUAGACAACUCUCCUCAGGUGUUCAGGUUGCAAGUUAACAAUGGAAUUCCUAUAGAGAGUUGGUUUGAUGAUCCAUCUGAUUCUGCCUUAAUGUCUCUACUUCCUUUUCUGGAGAAACUGGUCGAUGUAGAUGAUGUCCGCCCCAUUAUUGCGGAGAAAUUUGGGAAUAAAUUUUAGCACAUUGGCAUAUAUUCUGGACCUCAUUGCCUUUCAUAGAAGCAGUAGAUUAUUCUAAUCUUAGGAUACUGCAUUAGUCAAAAAUAAGUUAGAAAUAAGUCAGAAAUAAGUUAGAAAUAAGUCAGAAAUAACUCUGUCUAGUUGUUUUGCAGACUUUAGUUUGACUCUAGUGAGUUGUUAGAAAUUAGUUAUGAUUAUGUGAUAGUUUCAUAGCAUUUUUAUAAAUUGUACAGAAAUGGUACAAUAGUUUGGGUCCAAAUUUUGAAUUUUGAUUUGUUCAAAGUACUAUAGAGGUUGUGUUAUUGGGGAAAGUUUAUAUUUCAGAAGCUGUUUAUAAUUUAUAUAUAUGUUUUCGUUUCUAA